AUGGAGAGACCAAGUGGAUCAAGUGGAUCAAGUGGAUCCAGUGGCAAAAGGACGGGAUCCGAAGCUGCUGAUAUUCAGCAGCACGUGAUCUUCAUUGAAAGAGCUGGUUCUUUGCUGGCUGUGCCCGUGGAUGGCUGGCACGAACAAGUAGACCUGAGUCGAUCUAGGCCGGUGAAGGUGACCUUUAAAUGCGUGAAUCCUCCAGAUCGGUCGGAUGCAAAGGAAAGCUGCGACGCGGGAUCAGGAUCCGUCAGCUCGGUCUCCGAGAUCACAGGCAGUCCUGAGAGUCACGAUGUCUUGGCGUCCGAUAGGAUAACCUCCGACUCAGAGGAUUUCUGUGUGCCGGGUUUGCUUUCCGAUGGCUCGGAGUCGGGUACUUCUAUAGAAGGCCCUCAGACGGAUGCACGCAUCGCAACUCAGCACAACAGUUUGGAAGCUCAUGAGAACGGGACCUGUAAGCCCUGCCGCUUUUUCCACAUGAAAGAGGAAGGAUGCAGAAUUGGUGCUGCUUGCAAGUUCUGUCACUAUUGUACCCGAGAGGAGGCGCGUCGCGAGCGUCUCACCCGAAAGUAUGACGACCGUCGCGUGAAGCGUCGCCUCGGCCGCCGAUUUAACUAUGGAAAUUGA